ACAAGGGAGAAAUGGCUCUCUUACUCUGCACGUCCAUGGCUUCUCUUUCCUCUUUCUUCUCCUUCUACGAACCCUAAAACCUCUUCUCUCUUCAUUUCACUUCAAAACCAAAAAGGGCUUCCCCAAAUCUCACUAUACAGCACUGACAGUUACAAUCCCAGUAGACCUUCCCAAAUUCCUAAAGCAAGUGCUAAGCCGCAAAACAGGAACAGUAGCAGCAGCAACAACAGUUCGACAAAAAAACGACCACCACCCAGAAAAAAGAAUCCUCCUUCCAAAACUUUCAAUGUUAAUGAUACAGACGAUGAUGGCUAUGAAUCAGAGGAUAAGAUUCCUGCAACACAUUCUAAAGCUUAUAUUCCUUCUCCAUUACCGAAACCACCUGCUGGGUUCGUACUCGAUCCUCAUGGAAAUGUUCUUAUGGCCUCUUCAAAGCGAAUUGCAACCCUAGUUGACUCUUCAAAUAACUUGCCAUUAGAAUGUGUAAUAAGAAGAGUGUUUAGAAGUUCUCAAGAGGAUGGGUGUAUGCUGUUAUGUCCUGUUGAUACGCCGGUGCAAAUUUUGAAGAGCACAAAUAUUGAUGGCUGGUCAGCUGUCAGUGAUGAGGAAGUUGAAAAGAUUCUCCCUGCAGCCGCUUACGCACUCGCCAAGAUACAUAUGCAUCUUGUCAUUAGUGGGUUUUGUUAUACAGCACGUGGAGGGUUUUGCUAUUCAGAGGAGGACAUUAUCGAAUUUGGCACAGAUAAUGGUCAAGAUAUAGAUGGCUUACCAACCGAAGGUGUUGAAAUCACAUGCUUCCAUCAGGAUGGUGUACAUUAUAUGAUCUACACACCCUCUGAUCCUCUUCUUUUUGUUGCUGUGAAGGGUAAUAAUGGCCAAUUGCAAAUUGCUGAUGAUGAUUUGCUGGAGGACCUUGCAGUCGUAGACGCAAUUGAUGAAGAGACAGAAUUUAAUGCUUUGGUGGAGGAAGAGGCUGCUCUUUUGGAAUCGCUGUUAGGAGAAAGAUGAGGUAAGAAUGGGGGCUAGAGAUGCUAUGAGAGAGAGCAAAUUAGGUUUUCACGUAUAAGUAGUUUUUUUGUGUUGUAGGUGUCAUGUCUAGUAAUAUUUCUGUAUAUAAAUGUGACUUUUGUUUGCUAGGAUUUACCUCGUGUAUAAAUUAGCUAUAUAUUAUUACGCAGAGAAGUCAUUACCUAUGUAUUCAUUUAUAGACAAUUUCAAUGCAUAUGCACAUUACCACAACUCAAAUUCUCAUUGCUCUCAUUGGUAUCUGAAAACCUCUCUAACAUUGUAGUGCUAUAACCGUGUAUGAUUAUAAAUGAUUCCUUGCUAUGUUCCAAAGUUAUCAUAGUGGCAUUA